AUGUCGGCGCCAUCAACCGCGGCUCCCGCUUCGGGGGAGAGCGCCCAGACGGAGGCGGAUUCUUUAGCCCCCGACGCGGGGCUGAAGCCACCGGGUCCGUCGCAUAGUCAGAGUCGUUUCCAGGUGGACCUUGUGGCCGAAGCAGCCGCUGCGGUCGUUGACGAGUCGCCGAGUUCUGAAGCUGUCCCAUCCGGCGAGAAGGCCACUCCCGGUGCUCCACCCGAGUACCCGGGCACGAGCAGCGAGGAAGCUAAAGGUCGCUUUCGGGUGGUGAACUUUGCGGACCCGAGCGGAGCCAGCAGCCCGGCUUCUCCGGAGGCAGCGCCCGUCGAAGGGAUGCAGAACGGGGACACGGUGAUGAGCGAGACUAGUUUACAUUCGUCCACUGGCGGCCAGCAUCACUAUCACUAUGACACCCACACGAACACCUAUUACCUGAGGACCUUUGGCCAUAACACCAUCGAUGCCGUGCCCAACAUCGACUUCUACCGACAGACAGCCGCGCCGUUGGGGGAGAAGCUUAUCAGACCCACUCUUUCGGAGUUGCACGAUGAGCUGGACAAGGAACCCUUUGAAGAUGGGUUUGCCAAUGGCGACGAGCUCACACCAGCUGAGGAAGCUGCAGCAAAAGAAGCCGCUGAUUCUAAAGGAGUUGUCAAGUUUGGCUGGAUUAAAGGAGUUCUGGUCCGAUGUAUGUUGAACAUAUGGGGUGUCAUGCUCUUUAUCCGUAUGUCCUGGAUUGUGGGACAGGCUGGAAUUGCUCUAUCUUGCUUGAUUGUUGCCAUGGCCACCGUUGUGACGACGAUCACUGGACUCUCCACUUCUGCCAUCGCAACCAAUGGAUUUGUUCGAGGGGGCGGCGCAUACUACUUGAUUUCAAGAAGUCUGGGCCCCGAGUUUGGCGGCUCUAUCGGUCUAAUCUUUGCCUUUGCCAAUGCAGUGGCAGUGGCCAUGUAUGUGGUGGGCUUUGCUGAAACCGUUGUGGAACUUCUUGCUGGUGUGGAUGCCCUUAUGACAGAUGAAAUCAAUGAUAUUCGAAUUAUUGGAACCAUAACUGUAAUCCUUCUUCUGGGAAUAUCUGUUGCUGGAAUGGAAUGGGAAGCAAAGGCCCAGAUCUUCCUGCUUUUUGUACUCAUCACUGCAAUCAUCAACUACUUCAUUGGAACCUUUAUCCCCGUCAAGUCAAAGGAAACCAUGGGCUUCUUUGGCUAUGAUGGUUCUAUCAUGUGGGAGAACAUGGGUCCUGAUUUUAGGGGAGAAACAUUCUUUUCUGUCUUUGCCAUCUUCUUCCCUGCAGCUACUGGUAUUCUAGCUGGGGCCAACAUUUCUGGAGAUCUUGCAGACCCACAGCUGGCCAUUCCCAGAGGAACACUCCUGGCCAUAUUAAUUACUGGAAUAGUUUAUCUGGGAGUUGCUGUAUCUACAGGUUCCUGUAUUGUGAGAGAUGCCAAUGUCACAGUCAGUUCUCAGUUCGGUUUGAAUUGCACUGAUGCAUCCUGCAAAUUUGGCUACGACUUCUCUGCUUGUAGGAAUGACGGAGUUAAAUGUCCUUACGGUUUACAAAAUGAUUUUCAGGUUAUGAGCAUGGUUUCAGGUUUUGGGCCUAUUAUUACUGCUGGAAUCUUUUCUGCCACUCUUUCUUCAGCACUGGCGUCUUUGGUCAGUGCACCUAAAGUAUUUCAGGCUUUGUGUAAAGACAACAUUUACCCUGGACUUGGAAUGUUUGCCAAAGGUUAUGGCAAGAACAAUGAGCCUCUCCGAGGCUACAUCCUGACAUUUGUGAUUGCUCUUGGGUUCAUCCUAAUUGCUGAGCUGAACAUCAUUGCCCCUAUCAUCUCCAACUUUUUCUUGGCCUCGUAUGCCUUGAUCAACUUUUCUGUGUUCCACGCGUCAUUGGCGAACUCCCCAGGGUGGCGUCCCAGCUUCAAAUACUACAACAUGUGGGUUUCGCUUGCUGGAGCAGUACUGUGCUGUGUGGUAAUGUUUGUCAUCAACUGGUGGGCCGCUCUCUUCACCAACGUCAUUGUUCUGGGACUCUAUAUUUACGUCAGUUAUAAAAAGCCAGAUGUGAACUGGGGCUCUUCGACCCAGGCUUUGACAUACCAUCAGGCUCUCACCCACACUUUGCACCUCAGUGGAGUAGAAGACCACAUUAAGAAUUUCAGACCCCAGUGUUUGGUGAUGACUGGUUACCCUAACUCCCGUCCAGCGCUAUUGGAUCUGGUCCACAGCUUUACCAAGAAUGUUGGCCUGAUGAUCUGCGGUCAUGUUCGCACGGGUUGUAGAAGGCCAAACUUUAAAGAUCUUGCAACAGACCAGUCAAGAUAUCAGCGCUGGCUGCUGAAGAAUGAAACAAAGGCUUUCUAUACAGCUGUGUUUGCAGAAGACAUGAGACAGGGGAGUCAAUAUCUCCUUCAGGCUGCAGGCUUGGGCCGCCUAAAGCCCAACACGCUUGUGCUUGGCUUCAAGAAUGAUUGGAGAGAUGGUGACAUGAUGAAUGUGGAGACGUACAUAAGUAUGAUCCAUGAUGCCUUCGACUUUCAGUACGGUGCAGUUAUUUUAAGAUUGAAAGAAGGAUUGGAUGUGUCACAUAUCCAUGGACAAGAUGAUUUGCUGUCCUCCCAAGAGAAGUCUUCUGGAAUGAAAGAUGUGAUUGUGUCCAUUGACACCAGCAAAGAAUCUGACGGGGAUUCAUCUAAGCCAUCUUCCAAAGCUACAAGCCUCCAAAACAGUCCGGCUGUACAGAAAGAUGAAGAAGAUGAUGGCAAAGCUACAUCCCAGCCCCUGUUGAAAAAAGACAAGAAGAAUAUGAAUGUACCGUUGAACGUGUCGGACCAGAGACUGUUAGAGGCGAGCCAGCAGUUCCAGAAGAAACAAGGGAAGGGAACAGUUGAUGUCUGGUGGCUGUUUGAUGAUGGAGGUUUGACUCUACUGAUUCCCUAUUUAUUGACCAACAAGAAACGCUGGAAAGAUUGCAAGAUUCGUGUGUUUAUUGGUGGCAAGAUAAACAGGAUUGAUCAUGACCGCCGAGCGAUGGCAACUCUUUUGAGCAAGUUCAGGAUAGACUUCUCAGACAUCACUGUGCUGGGGGAUGUCAACACCAAGCCCAAAAAAGAGCACUUUGCCGCCUUUGAAGAGUUGAUUGAGCCUUAUCGGUUGAAGGAAGAUGACAUGGAGCCAGAAGCAGCUGAACGUUUGAAAAACAGCGAGCCAUGGAGGAUCACAGACAAUGAGCUGGAGCUUUAUCGUGCCAAGACUAAUCGUCAGAUCAGACUUAACGAGCUACUGAAGGAACACUCCAACACGGCCAACCUCAUUGUAAUGAGCCUGCCACUGGCCAGGAAAGGUGCAGUGUCGAGUGCUCUGUACAUGGCCUGGUUGGAGGUGUUGUCAAAGGACCUGCCACCCAUCCUUCUGGUCCGUGGCAACCACCAGAGUGUCCUAACCUUCUAUUCUUAA